AUGGUCGUUGACAUCCUCAUCUUGGUAUCUUUCUUCACCUUCCUGUGGAUCUCCGAAUAUGCCUCCGAGAAAAUCAUCCGCGCUGGUAUCAUUGGGCCCAUAAUAGUCGGCAUCAUCUUCGGGCAACCUUUGGCCAACAUCCUGCACCAUGAGUGGCAAGAGACAUUCCUGUACCUCGGGUACAUUGGGCUUAUCUUGAUUAUCUUCGAGGGAGGGCUAACGACGAGGCUUGAUCUGCUCAAGGCGAACUUCGGACUGAGUCUCAUUGCGGCUGCGACCGGCGUGCUGUGUCCCAUUGGCUUCAGUUACCUGCUGCUGUACUUGGGAUUCGGGUACGGGGCGGUGGAAACCUUCAUCAUUGGAGCUGCCCUCAGCGCAACUUCCCUAGGAACGACUUUCGCCGUCAUAGCCGGAGCCUCCAAGGACGUCGAUCUCUCCCAAACUCGCGUCGGCGCCGUGCUCGUCAGCGCCGCAGUCAUGGACGACGUCUCAGGCCUGGUCAUGAGCAGCGUAAUCCACCAACUGGGCUCCCUCUCCUCAGGCGGAAACGCGAAUCUCGGCUGGCUCAUCGGCCGCCCCAUCGUCGCCUCCGCAGCAAUGGCCAUCCUCACGCCCAUCCUGACGAAGUGGGUUUUCGCACCGCUCUUCAGAAAGUACAUCGAGCACCACUUCGCCAAGCUCGACCACCUCUCCAACAUCACCCUCAUGAUCCUCGUCCUCUGCGCCUUCAUCUCCAUCGCCUCUUUCGCGGGAACGUCCAUCCUCUUCGGCGCCUUCCUCGCAGGCACUUUCCUAACCUACCUCCCCAGCAAACACCCCUCGGGCCCCUUCGUCGUCAUGUCCCGCGAAGAAGGCGAGCGCGAGAAACACAAAUCCCCGACCUUCGUCCACACAUUCGAGUGCUACUGUCUCGACGCGCAGACAUACGUGCUCGCCCCGCUGUUCUUCGCUUCCGUCGGCUUUGCAAUCCCGUUUUUGGAUCUCUGGACCGGGAAAGCUAUCUGGCGGGGCGUCGUCUACACGCUGCUCAUGCUGGCGGCGAAGUUCCUCGUUGGCGCUUGGAUACCCAUCUCAGAUGCAGCGACGCGACGUGCGUCUCCAAAGGAAGAAAGCGCGCAAGAGAAAUCUGCAGAAUCACCCGCACGCGAAUCCGUGGCUAGCUCUGUACUUCCCCCUGCGCUCCUGCUCGGCAUGGCUAUGGUGGCCCGCGGCGAAAUCGGCUUGCUCAUCGUGGAGAUAGGGUACAACAAUACGGACUACGUAUCGGCAGAUGGCUUCAUCACUGCUAUUUGGGCCAUCCUGUUGAACACCAUCAUCGGGCCUAUUUUCGUAGGACUGCUGGUGAAGUUCAGAGGCGAGCGUAUUGCGAAGGGAAAGUGGGGGCUGGUGCAGGCGCCUGGGCCGGAGCUUAAUGCGAGUAGCAGCGCGACGUUGAGCGAAGCACGGAUGGAGGAGGCGCGGCAAUGA